AUGAACCGAAGCUUUCCCAUCAUUCUUCUGGCCUGCCUGGUUAUUUCUGCAUCAAGUUUACCUUUAAAGGUGUGUAAGAGUCGUCCCAAGUCAGGAACAAAUACUGGGCAAGAAAACAUCAUCAAAAGAGUGAAUCAACCCUUACCCAAUGUCUUUGCCAAGAUUCGUGAAAUAAACAAAGGUAUCAUAAACAGAAAACACCAACUAAUCCAUGGGGAUAUCCUGAAAAGGGAGGGUCGGUAUGCCAUUGACUGUGAAAGCUGCCUUUGGCCUAAAUCUGAAGAUGGAACCAUUAACGUGCCCUAUAUCCUCGAUUCAAUAUACACUCCGGAUGAACAGAAUCAAAUUCUCACCGCGAUGCAAGAAUUUAAUUCACUGACCUGUGUGCGCUUUGUGCCAAGGAAUGAUGAACUAAGUUAUCUUAGGAUUCUGUCAGAAGAUGGUUGCGCAUCAUAUGCCGGACAAAUUGGAGGAACUCAACCUUUACAACUGCAAGCCUCCUAUGGCUGCUUAUACAGAGGGAUCAUACAACAUGAGCUAAAUCACGCUUUGGGAUUUUUUCAUGAAAAUGCUCGGGCUGAUCGUGAUCAAUACAUUAUCAUAAAUCACGAAAACAUUGCAAACGGAUAUGAGCCUGGCUUUUCAAUAGUGGAUGGCAACAAUUUGAGUCUUCCAUAUGAUUACAGCUCAGUGAUGCAUUUUGACAAGUAUGCAUACACCUCCAAUGAUUUACCCACCAUCAAACCCACUCCUGACCCAAAUGUGCCCAUUGGACAAAGAGAUGGACUCAGUGUCUUGGACGUUGCAAAAAUCAAUAAACUCUACAACUGCAAUGUGUGCAGCACAUUACUGAAUACUCCAAGUGGAAAUUUCUCCUCUCCUAAUUAUCCAUCUAACUAUCCUAACAACAUGAACUGUGUCUGGUUGAUCAGGACCCCAAAUGGACAAGUUUCGUUAACAUUCAAGGACUUCAGACUUUUGAACUCCAUGGAUUGUGCCUCAGACUACAUCAAUAUCUAUGAUGGACCCAGUACGACUUCUCCAAAAAUUGUAAAACUAUGUGGCAGUAAGCAGCUACCUGAAAUAAUCGGCUCCAAUAACCAGAUGCUGAUAGAGUUUGUCAGUGGUAGUCUUACUACAUCUGCAGGAUUCAGUGCUUCAUAUAAAACAGUGCAAUGUGGAAGAACUUAUUUUGAUGCAACAAAUAUCAUCACAUCUCCAGGAUAUUCCUCAGGCUCCUAUUUGCCCAAUCUAAACUGUAAUUAUAUAAUUAAUGCACAGCCAGGAUACCGGAUCACAAUAACGGGAAACUAUGAAAUUGAACAAACUAUGUAUUGUAAGGACGAUAAGCUGACUAUUUAUUCCAAUGGAAUUGUGGGAUCUCCCAAAUAUUUAUUUUGUGGGAAAGGCAGCUUAUUGGUCAAAUCACUUAAUAAUACACUGCUGAUGAAUUUCCAAUCUGAUCCAUACUACCAUAAAAAGGGAUUCAACUUGACAUACUGGACGUACCAGUGAGAUCCUGAAGAAAAUUGAAAUGGUUUGAUGAAAACUUUCUUUUUUUACUGCCACCUGAAAAAGUUAUAUUAUACUGUAUUAACAUUUAGGAAUUGUAUAAAGUGUAUUACUUUGAAUUACUGUGCUUUUUAACCUGUAGUUUUUUUUAUUAUUUAUUUUUUUUAAGUUAAACAACCGUAUUAUUGUACAUUACUUGUAUGAUUAUUUUUGUGCAUUUAGUGUCACUAUCACAAUCUAUGAUAGGAAACAAGUUUAUUCAUUUAUUUUUCAGUAUUUUAAGAGCAUUAUCAUUUAAAUGUUAUGGACAUCUUUGUAUUAAUAUUUGUAUUGCUGGUUUUCUUCCUUAAUAAAA